AUGAAGUUCUCAAUACAAGGAAAGUAUAUUCUCUAUAAAGAUCAAUUAAUAAAUGGCUAUUUAUGUAUUGAGAAUGGAUUUAUAGCUCACAUUUUAGAAUCUUAUGAUGAAUUGCUAAUUUAAUAAUACCCUAUAAAAUAUGUCUACGAGAAUUAGAUCAUUAUGCCAGCAGCAAUUGAUACAAAUGUGUCUCUUACUAUUUGGGAUCAUAUUGAAGAUUUCACCAAGUAAGAGUUUCUUUAAUUAGAUUGGCAAUUGUUGGUGGAGUUUCUCUUAUUAUUAAUAAACCCUUCAUUUUUGAUAUGGAUUUAAAUUCAAAGGAGACUUACAUCAAUUAGAUAAAAUAAAUGAGUCUUAAGUCCUAGACAGACUUUAUACAAAUGGCCAAAGUUGAUCAUUUUUAGGAUGUAUUAAAUUCUUAUUUAAAGAUAUCAAGACAUUUGAUUUAUUGAAAUUAGGAGCAUUUUGUUUUGAUUGUCAUUUAGUACAAUCGUAUUCAGGAACAUAUUGCAAAGACAACGAAUAAAUUAUUUAAAUAAUUUAAAAUCUACCAAGUAAAUCAUGCUUGUUUAUCCACACUUAAAGUUCUUUAGAUAAAGAUUUGGGGAUAACAUCUCCAUUUAGAAACAAGCCUUUUGAUGAAAGAUUAAUGACAUCAUAAUUAGAUUUGAUCGAUACAGAUGGAAUAUCUGGGUCAUGUACAAGUGAUGAUGAUUGUUUCUAAAACGAUGACCUUCCAUUUCUCACAUAAAUUAAUUAUUUAAAUGAGAGCAACUCUCCUAUAAAGGAUAUUGGUAAAUUCUUUUUUUAUUUUAGUUAAAAAAUAUAAAAAUUAAGAAGAAAACAGAAUAUCAGAUUUUGAUGAGUAAAACGAUGUUCUAUCAUCUCCAAAGUUAUAGAGCAACAUUUUUAAGUUCAAAUCGAAAUAAGUAACUGAAUAAUCAUAAUUAUCAUUAAUAAGUAGAGCUGAAUUAAUUACAUAUUAAAGAGCUCCAAAAAUGGAAUUGGAUUAUAAAUUUCCAAAUGAAGAUGAAUUGGAGAAUCAAUAGAAUUUUAAGUUAGAUUCAAAUAAAUCUGAUAAUUAUACUGUGAAUGAAAAUAUUCUGAUAAAUUAGGAUCAGGAAUCUCCUUUAAGCAUAAAUAAGGCUUAGUAGGAAUCCACAAGAAAAAACACCCCUUAAAUUUCUGUUCAAUCUUUUGAUCUAUCUUCUCCAGAUAGUUCUUCUUUAAAAUCACUUCAUAGAAUAAGAUCUAGAGCAUAAACUACAUAAAGUUUAUUGUAUAGAAGAUAAUCAAAGAAUGGAUUUUCAUUGAUCUUACAUUAAGUUGAAAACAAACCAAAUCAAAAGAGAUUUUUUAAUUUUUCAGAAUCAAGACCAAAAUAAAACAAUGACACUAGAUUUAAUAGAGAUUAUUUGUGUUUUUUAGCAUUUAGACCAGCAAUUUGGGAGCAAUUAGCAAUAAAAAAAGUAAAGAAAGCAUUGAGAUCCUAAUUUAAAUGUAAUAUUAUAUUUAAUGGAUAUUCAUCCUCCUUAGCUUUAGUAGAGAUAAAAGAAAUGAUCAAUAAUUAAAUUUUUAGUGAUAUUUCUUAUCCAUUUUUAUUAUUGGAUAGUGAAGACAUUUAAGAUGGAUUGACUAAAUAUAAAUCUGAUCCUCCAAUAAGAUAAAAAUAUGACAAGCAACUAUUGUAAAAAGCAAUAUUAUAAAAUAAUUGGAUAAGUAGUAUUUCAAGUUCUCAUUUAUAUGUUGAGGAAAAAUUCAAAUUUAUUGAAUAAGGAGAUUUUAGAAGAGCUGUUGGAGGUUUAUGUAGUUUAGGCUGUACAUUUUAAGCUUUAUGGACAGCAUUAUUUUGUAAGAAGAAUUAAGAUCCCAAAUUCAUAAAACAUGUUUUUCUUAAAAAAGAUUCAUCAAAUCCUAGAUAUAAGAGAAUGAUUGAAAAACUAAUUUAAUUAUAGUAAUUAGCUUCAUCUGGACCAGCCUAAUAUUUAAAUUUAUAAAACCGAGGAAGCAUAGAUGUAGGAAAAGUUGCUGAUUUGGUUGUUUUCGAUCCUUUGAAAGCAUGGAAAUUUAAUUUCGAUAAAAUUAAUCAUCAUUUCGCAUUUUCAAUAGAAGAACAUAUAUUUAAGAAUAAAUUAUUUUUAGGAUCUGUUGAUUAUGUUUUUAUUUAAGGUAAUUAUUACUAUUAUAUGAUUAGGGGAAUUGAUUCUAACUUAAGAUAAUUAAAAUAUCACUAUUUCUAAUAGAAAAGGAUCCCAAGUAUUCAAUUGA